AUGGUUGGAUUCUCGAUUCUCAUUUCUACAGCUUUGGCUGCUCAAUCAGCUCUCGCAGGUUCAGUCAUUCGCUCGAGAACAAACUAUGCGGUCAAGGAAAGACAUUAUGUUCCUAGACAAUGGAAGAGAGUUGCUCGUGCUCCUGCUGAAGGUAUCAUUAAUUUGAAUAUCGCAUUGAAGCAGAGUCAAUUCGAAGAACUUGAGAGACAAUUGUAUCAGGUUUCCGAUCCAUCCCACCAAAAGUACGGCAAUCAUUUGACUUCUGAGGAAGUCGAUGAAUUGGUUCGACCAUCAUCUCAAACUCUUGAUUCCACUCACGAGUGGCUUCUUGAGAACGGAAUUGACGCUUCAAGCUUAAGAUACAGUAGCGCAAAGGAUUGGAUUCAUCUCUCCAUACCAGUCAAGGAUGCUGAGCGCUUGCUCGAUACUGAAUACCAUGUUUAUGAGCAUGAAGCUGGUGGUCAGCUUAUUCGUACUCCAAAUUGGUCACUUCCUAUGCAUCUUCAUCAGCAUAUUGAUGCCAUUCAACCAACAACAUCGUUCAUGCGUGCCGCACCAAGAUCUAGCUACAAUCCAAGAGAGGCAAAGGUUAACUCAAGACACACCAACGUUGUUGAAGGUCAACUUAGUGCAGGACACACUCCAUCUGGAUAUACUCCUCCAUCAAACACCACACUUUCGGCACUAUGUGACGUUGCUGCAGUAUCUCCUGAAUGCUUCCAAGCUCUCUAUGGAACCGGAAAAUACAAGCCAAAGGCAGCUGGAAAGAACAAGAUUGGAUUCAACAAUUUCCUUGGGGAAGUUCCAAUCAGAGCAGAUGAUGCCUUGUUCUUACUCAAGUAUCGUCCAGAUGCAGUAGCCUCUGCAUAUCAAUUCAAAUACGUCUCUAUCAACGGUGGGCCAGUUCAAAACACCACUCUCACUGCUGAGCAAUUGGCAGAUGGACUAGGCAAAGAAGCCAAUCUCGAUCUCACAGCUAUUACUGGAAUCAGUUACCCAACCCCAAUUACCGCCUAUUCAACCGGUGGACAACCACCCUUCAAUGCUUCAAUUGGUUCAUCUAAAAACACCAACGAGCCAUAUGCUGAUUGGUUGAACUACAUUCUCGCACAACCUACCUCCGAAAUUCCUCAAGUUAUUAGUACAUCCUACGGUGACGAAGAACAAACUGUUCCCGAGUUCUAUGCCAAGCGUGUCUGCGAACAACUCGCUCAAUUGGGUGCUAGAGGUGUAUCCGUUCUUUUCUCUUCCGGUGAUUAUGGAGUUGGUGACAAUGGCACUUGUUUUUCCAAUGAUGGAAAGAACACCACAAUGUUCCUUCCAGAUUUCCCAACAAGUUGUCCAUACAUUACCUCUGUUGGAGCUACCAAAUUCUUCGAGCCAGAAGUCGCUGCUUAUCGUGCUACCGGUGUUGAUCCCAUCAACGGUGUUUAUCACGGUGGUUGGUCUACUGGUGCUGGGUUCAGUAACUACUUUGCUAGACCUUCAUACCAAGAAAAAGUUGUUUCUGCUUACGUCAAGAAACUCAAUGGUACUUUCGAUGGUCUCUACAACAAAACUGGUCGCGCAUACCCUGAUAUCUCUGCCCAGGGUUUCUACUUUGCAUACGUCUGGAAUCAAACUUACGGCUCCAUCUCCGGUACCUCUGCCUCUACACCUCUCAUGUCCGGUAUCAUUGCUCUCAUCAACGAUGCGCUUCUAUCGAAGGGUAAACCAGUCCUUGGUUUCUUGAACCCAUGGCUGUACAGCAAGGGACACAAGGGAUUCACUGAUAUCCUAAGCGGAAGCGCAGUUGGAUGCGAUACUACUGGAUUCCCUGUCACUGAAGGAUGGGAUCCCGCUACUGGAUUCGGUACUCCUAACUUCCCAGAGUUGUUGAAACUUGCUGGGGCCAACUAG